CAACGUUUCCCUAUGGGCGCGUAGAGGGUAGUGACCGCGUAUCAUUAUUCAAGAACUUCGAUUUCGCUAGUGGGUUGCCAAUUUUGCCUCUAGACGAAGAAGGCAAACGCCCUAUUGUUCCAGUCGACCCCUCGACCGGAGCACCUCUGCUUCGGUGCUAUUAAGGCCACUUCUUGACGCACUCAGGGAUACCAUUUUCAAGUGGAAGAUGAGGACAAUUUUCAGCUGAAGAUGCCUAUGCGGUAGCUGCUCUAAUCUUACCCUCAGAAUGGAUGGCCGUUGUUAUUACCGUGUCCGGAACUGAAUGCAUUGAUUCUGCCAGUAAGCGUUGCUGGUUUCCCACUCUUCGAACUGGACGAGG